CCGCAAUCCAUCCAUCCAAUGGCAUCCAUCCAUCCAUCCAAUGGCAUCCAUCCAUCCAUCCCGUGCUCACUCACUCAGACAGACAUCUGAUCUGUGCAACCAUGCCCAGCCCAACCAUCGUCAACGCACACACAGUUCACACCAACGUAUAGCCGCCCAAUCACAGCCGUCCGUCCGUCCGUAUGUACAACACACAAUCGGCACGGAAAAGCACCGCACACACAGCCGCUCUGGGCGGCGUAUCCAUAUCCAUGUGUGCGUAUGAGCGUUCACACAGUGAGUGACAGAGAGGCAGGCAGGGCGCGUGUGUGGUGUGUGCCGGUAAUAUAGGUCGGCACCUCUCUGUCCCUGUCUGUCUGUUCUGCCUGCCAAUACACUCUGUGUAUGCAGUGCUCUCGUGCACUCCACUCCAACCCACCCCGCCACCCAAUCUACACACACCAGCACCCGCCGCCCAGCCCCUCAGCACGCCAUGGCCAUGUCGGUGUCAGCAGUGCUGCCAUCAGCUCGCCGUACACUGAAGACACACACACACGUAUAGGUAUCUUCCGUAUGCCCACCAUCUGUGUGUGUGUGUGUGUGUGCGUACCUUCUUCAGCCCACUCCUUGUGGCAGAGGACAUUCUCCAUGACGACCGCCUUGAAGGCCCACGCAAACAGGGUGUUGACAUUCUUGGCCAACUCCGCCUUCGCCCCUCUCCCCCGCGCCCCCUCCCCCGUCAU